UCGUCCUUUCCUUUUUUUUAAUCCUUUUAAUCUAUUUUUUUCUUUCUUUCUUUUCUCGUCGAAAGAAGAGAAAAAGAAAGAGAGAGAAAGAGAGAGAGGAAAAAUAAGGAGCGCCUCCCCGCUACAUCCCCUUUCUCACGUCCCUUUUCGUCAAAGCGGGAAAAUCGUGAUAUUUGAAUAUUCCAAGUAAACUUUUCUUUCUUUCUUUCUUUCUUUCUUCCUUUCUUUAUUGCUCGCUCGCUUUCUUUUUCUUUUUUCCUUAUUCUUUUUUUUUGUUUUUGUUUUUCAUUCUUUUUGAUCUCACACUUCAUCGCGUAUUUCUUCCUUUCCGUUUGGGGCAAAGGAGUGUGAGUUUGUUGUAUCUCUCUGUGUGUGUGUGUGUGUGUGUGUGUCUUUUUUUCCUUCUUUUCCUCCUUCCCUCCCAUUCCCUUUCUAUCCCUUUUUACACCUUUCAUAUAACUAUCGCCCGUUGGAUUUUUUUCCGAGUUUAAUCAUAGAAUUCUCGAAUAAAUGAUCUCAUGGUCUGCCACGAUGUCGUUGAAACGGAUAUCAAAUUAUGUCCUUGCAACAUGGCUGUUGACCACGGUCGGGGCGAUUACCGUGUCCAUAGACCGUUCUGAUGUUAAAACUUCACCAACACGAUCGUCAAUGAUCGCCAAUGGAUGGAGACCACUGGCAAACGGAUACGAAGAUACGAUUGGUACUAACGUAAAGCCGGCUAAUCAUCUCGAGAGAAACGCACAGCAGUCUCUUCCUCAUCCUCAUCCUGUAUUAGGUAAACUUCAAGAGCACAUGAUCAAGUCGGAAAAACUGAAACCUCAAAGGAACAAGAACAAGCAGGGUUCUACGUCGAAUCAGGAUUACAGUCCACCUACUAUACUCGGUAGUUUCACAGUUUUUGGUAAUGCCGCGGCUAAAGCACGCGGUGAAGGACAAAAAGUUUCACAACAGGGCCACGGUAAUAACGUUAACAAAUACGUUGCCAGUGAAACAAGGGAUUAUACUUUUUUGAUACCACCGCCCAAGGACGCAUAUCGUUUUGAACAUUCCGAACCACCGCGCAAAGUUAUCAGGGAUAAUAGUUAUUCGAUCGUUAACGAUUUCUUAAGACAACCGGCAUACGUACCACCACAGGCACAUCAAAUUGUACCCGAUGCAGUAAGAGCUGCCACUUAUUUUAUCAAGGGAUACACAUCGACUACUAAUCCAGUUCCGCCAACCCCAUCGAAAAAUAGACCACCAACGUCCUAUUACAAUGGUUAUCCUGGUGUACCUCAACUUCUUCAACCACCACGACACCAAGCUAAACCAUUCGAAUCUUUAAAAAUAUCUGGCAAUGCCAAACCAUAUCUUCAACCACCUGGUACCGAUGUAAACGUCGAUUUUGUUAAAGACGAUAGGAUCGUCGAACAAAAACGUCGUCCAAAUUAUGACAGAUAUCAGCCACAAAUACAUACGUCUAAUGGUAAUUUUUAUACCCAAGUGAAUCAUCCUAUAAAUCAUUAUAAAACAUCAUACGAAAGAGAUCCGGCUUAUCUUGUACACGAGAGUCAUGAAGUUAGCUACGUGACACCGUCCUCGAUAUAUAACGAAUACAAUUUUAGACCGUCUGUACCCUAUGACACAUUAUUACCACCCGAAGUUUAUUCCACUUCUACGAUUGGUACAUCGUCUACUACUAUAGCACCUCAAGUUCCAGAUCAAUCGUCGACAUACGUUCAUACGAAUGACGUUGUACGUGAUAUCGAUGAUUAUUAUAAAAAUUCUCAUAGUACUACGGCAACCAUCAAACAAAACGACAAUCAUGGUGAUAUUUUAUCAACCUCGGGUAUACCCAAUACUUAUUAUGUAUCUGAACAACAAGAUUUAACUCCUCCACCACCAUCUUGGCCAUUAUCAAAAAAUAAAUAUCCAUCCGAUAUAAACGAGGUAUUACCAAGGGUUAAUCCACCGAAUAAAUUCACUUCCAAUAUUAUACAACCUAGUCAACUUCCACAAGUUCCAAAGAUGGUUUACGUUAACCCUCAAGUACAUCAAUAUCAAAGCUCGGUUGUACCCAGCCAGCAACAAGAUUACGAAACGCCGGAGAGUAUAUCGUUGAAACAUUUCAAUGAGCAACAGUUUAUCAUUCAACAACAGCUUGUACAACGUGACAGGCAACGUCUUGCCGAACAGGAACGUCAGCAACAACUCGAAAUUCAAAAACAACAGCAAGAGGAAUUAAAGAAACAUCAAGAGGAAUUACAGAAAUUGAUUAAACAACAAAAGGAGCAAGAUGAGAAUGGUGGUUCUUCUAUCGAGAAAAAUAUUACAGAUCAAAUUGAAUUCUCCAAGAUCAAUAAUAACAGAGAAAGACCUUAUCCAAUCGAAUUAUCCCAAUACGAAAUCCCUAGGGUUACUUCUCAAACGCCUAACAUCUACAACGAACAAAAUACUUUCAUAGAGCAUAAUAAGUCACAUGGAUCGCAGAUUCAACAACAACCGGAACCAGGUGGUGUAUCAUUGAAGACGAGCUUUGAAAAUCAGGAAUAUCAAACGCAAUACGUUCAACAACAGCAGCAGCAGCAGCAACAGCAGCAGCAGCAGCAGCAGCAGCAACAGCAGCAGCAGCAACAACAACAGCAGCAGCAACAGCAACAACAGACAGAUUAUCAUAAGGAAUUGAAUAAUCAGCAACAGGAAUAUAUUAAUUAUCAAGAACCUGAAUUGCAAUCUCAAAGACAACAAAAACCAUCGCGUGAUCAAUAUAGAAGAAAGAAACCUGGCGUUACAAAUACGAGUCCUACAGGUUAUGAGAAUAUAAUUACAACUGAGAUACCUACUGAAUCACCGGAAACAUUCAUACCUUAUACUUUCCCUGUCGAAGAAGUACCCGUACAUACGACUAUUUCACCGGAAUCUGUAACUUUCCCAAGUUCCCCAAGCACAACUCAAAGAUCGAGAACACGUAGGCCAGGAUUAUCGGGUCAACGUAGAAGACGUCCUUCGACUACGACAACUACGACGACUCAAGAACCUAUUACUUUAACUGAAGGUGCAUACUAUGAAAAGUAUGAAGAUAUACAACAGCAACAGCUUGAUCCCAAUAGACGUAGACGUAUCAAGCCGAGUUAUCAAACGAACGAGGAAACACAUUUCGAGAGACGACCGAAUAUACGGAAACGUCCUGGUAAUCGAGUUAGGGUUAACCACGGAGAGCCCUAUGAAGCUGAAAUCGUUACUGAAAUUAUUCAGACUCCUGUGAAUACCUACAAGGGUAAUACCGAACAACAUUCUGAGAAAUAUGUCGAGGAUAACAGAUAUACAUCGAACUUACCCAACAACCAAUACUUCGACUACACAUCCGUUGGUUCUCAAUAUACGGAUGACGAUCAUCGGGAUUAUACUACUGAAAUUAUUCAAUCGGAAUACCCAACUGAAUUAACGAGAAAUAAUAACACCGAGGAUUCUCAACGUAUUCAUGAUCAUAAUCAUCAUCGAACAAAUCCAAAUGUCGUCACGAAUAUUCCUCUCGAGGAUUUGUUCGUUAAGACCGAUGGAUAUUAUUUCGAUAAAGGUAUAACGACGUUGCCUACGGCAACUACAGGUACUAAGACAACAUCAACAACAACAACAACAACAACAACAAGUAAUAUCGCUAGUACUACUACCAGUACAACUACUACACCACCACCAUCACUGUCACCAUCGCCACCAUCUACGACAACUUCGAUCGUUAAAACUGCUGUUACCCAACCAUCUCACGUUUCUUCGACUACGUCAAGACUUAAAAUACGACCAAUGAGAUUUGGUAAUACAACCAGACCGAGAUUCAGUAUUAAAGAUUAUAAAAGUCGAAUGGAUUAUAAAAACAGAUUGUCACAAAUCACUGCUACUACUACUACAACCACUUCUACUACUAUGGAACCUCCUAAUCAGAUAACCCAAUCUAAACAAAGGCUCUCCAAUUUGAAAUCUCAACAGAACAAUGAAUACACAGGAAACAGAGAUACUACUGGUAGAUACAAAUAUAUGUCUAGAACGAGUUACAGAACUACAACUGUUACACCGACCAAUGAAUCAGAAAAUAAAUUAGAAAGUGAACAUAAUCCAUCAUCGUCGUCGUCUACUACCGAACGAUCGACCAAUAGAUUCGUUCCUAAGAGAAGACCGAUAAGUGGUAAUCUUUAUCGUAGUAGAAUUUCUGCUAAUACGAAUAAUCCUAAUCGAUCUCAACAACAACAACAACAAGAACAACAAGUUGAUAGUGAAAACAAUUCGAAAUAUAGUACAGCCAGACCAGAAAACGUUUUCUCAUCCUCGGUAAGACGUAGACCGAUUAACAAAAAUAGACAAUCAGUUCAUAAGGAAUCAUCUAAUUCCGCUUAUCGUGAUUCUAAUAAUAAUAAUAAUAAAGAAGAAUUGGCAACGGAAAUGGCUGCUGAAGAAACGAGUUUCUAUUCGGCUGUUACAACUUCGGCUACGUCGAUCAGGCAAACGCAAAAUGAUAUUGUCAUUGAUAAAGACGUGCCUGUAUCGUCAAAUCUUUCAUUGAAAUUUAACGAAGAAAAUAAUCCGAUCGAUGGGAAAUCUGAUUUAAUGGAAAUCAUAAAAGAUAAGAAUGAUACCAUUCGGAUCGAUGUUUCCAAUGACGAUCAGGAUACGACGAUUGUUGUACUUAAUGAAAAUAAAGACGAUAAGACAUCGUUAGAAAAACAAUACGAAAGUACAACGCGUUUCGAUGUACCCACCGACGAAGAAGAAUUAUUUGCUAAAGCCUCGCAAAGCGUAGCCGAUCUUACAAGUUCGGCUUCUGCUCUUUAUGAUAAACCUGGCAUGUUCAAGGCCGUAUCACCUGAGAGUAGAGUAAUAUCACCACAUUUUAAAAUAACCACGGACGAACCUACAUUACCAAUCGAGGCCUUCUUUCAGGAACUUUCUAAAAAGAAUUGAAUGAACUUUCGUUAGUCCACGGGAAAAUUAAACACUUUUAUGGUCGACAUUAAUAGAGAAUCAUGUUAAUUAACAAAAAAAAGAAAAAAAAAAAAUAGAAAGGGAGAGGAGAGAGAGAGAGAGAGAAAGAGAAGAUUUAUUUAUUCGAACAAAUUAUAUUUCACGUUCAAUCGCGUCUCGCUCGAUAAUAAGCAAGUUUUAUUAAAAAUUAAUAUUAAAAAAAAGAAAAAAAAAAAAGAAAAAAGAAAAAAAAAGAAAAAAGAAAAAAAGAAUUAUUCCAAUUGUGUGCGUGUGCGUGUGACAAUAAUUAACGACUCAUUUUGUACGAUAAAUUAGAAAGAAAUCUUUCAUGCUAGAAAAGAAAACUAAAAGGGAAAAGUUGAAACUUUUGAACAAUUGUUUAUCAAAAAAAGAAAAAAGAAAAAUUGUCUGUGAGCGUAGAUGUAUACAUAUAUAUAUAUAUGUGUGUGUGUGUGUGUGUGUGUGUAGAAAAAAAGAAAAAGGGAAAAAAAAGAGAAAAACAGAAAAAGAGAGAGACAGAGAGAGAGAGGGAGAGAAAGAGAGAGGGAGAGAGAGAGAGAUAAAAAAAAAAUUGAGCAAAAAGUAAACGAUACGAACGAGACGUACCAUUAGGUAGAAAAUUUAUAAGACGAAUCAUAUCAUUUUUAAUUUAUUGAAAGCACGUGACCAUUAUUAUCACCGAGAACUCAUAUCAAUGAUUUAUAUAUCCUGCAAACGUCGUAGUAUAGAAGUGAUUUAAUUAAUGCAUGUUACGUGAGAUCUUUUUUUUUCUUUCUUUUUUUUUUUUUUUUUUCUUUUUUGUAAAUAUUAUUAAGUACUAACGUGUAGUAAGUUAUUCCUUCGAGGAAAAAAAAUGAUCGCGAUAACAUUCGUUCGAAUUUCAUUCAUAUAUAUGUAUGUAGAUAUUUAAUAAUUAUGAUAAAGAGAAAAGAAAAAUGAGAGAGAGAGAGAGAGAGAGAGAGAAAAAUAGAGAGGGAGAGAGAGGUAGUAAUAAUAUUUCAUGGAGUAUACUAGUACUGCAAUACAUAGAUAGUUAUUGAAUCGAAGGGGGUGGAAGCUUUAUGUAAAUAUUACUCAAUACACAUACAUACAUACAUAAAUAAUACAUAUAUAUCUAUGUAUACGUGUAUAAAUAUAUAUAUAUAUAUAUAUAUAUAUAUAUAUAUAUAUAUAUAUUUAUACACACGUAUAUAUAGGUACUCUCGAAUAUUUUCGUAUGCCCGCGAGAUAUAUACAUACAAUACUUCAUAAUCGAAUAAAAAAAAAAAAAAAAAAAAAAAAACAUGUUUAUUGUAACGAAAAUGAAAAAGAAAAAAAGAAAAGAUUUUUUCAUAAAUUUUUGCAAUAACUAUGAACGCGCGAAAUUUAUUUUCUACCUUUUUGUAUAAACCAAUCUUCACAAAUUUUAUAUAUAUAUAUAAGAGUGUGUGUGUGUGUGUGUGUGUAUGUACUUAAUCAGCAAUCACGUAAUUUAAGUGAAGUCGAGUGUAUUGUAAAUACCAACGUGUGUGUAGUGAAUCGAAUACGGGCAAAUAAAUAUACAUAAUACGUAAAA